UCGGGGGGGGGGUCUGUGACGUCACGUCGGUGUCACCUCAACGCGGAAGAGGUGAAGACGCAGGAGGAGGAAACCAAACGAUCCGCUCCGCGGCCGGUGAGGCGCGACGAACGACCUUUUCGUGAGCUCCCACCGCCGCACCGACUCCCCCCUCUCUGGUCCACGUAGCCGCCUCGAAGCUUCGCGCAGCCCCGAUGAGCCGAGGCGGAGAGCCGCUGGGAAUCCGUUGAAAGACUGCCUCACCACCGCUUCAGCCUAUCGAUGGGUGAAUCCGGCACGCGUCGCUCCACGCUGGUUUCCCGCCUGCCCAUCUUCCGCCGGAGCAACAGCAAGCGACAGGAGUCCCUGCCGCCGUCCCCGUCGUCCGGCGGAAACUGUGUGCACACCUCGUCGCCCUCCAGCACCAACUCCAGUUCGGGGAGCACUGGAAAACGACGGAGCCUUUUCCGCACGCCGUCGCUCAGCUUCUCGGCCAAGCGGAGCAGCCAGCCUCGCGUUCAGCCCGUCAACUUGAACCUCACGCCGCCCCCUCCGACGCAGACCACCGACGCCAAUGGGAACAGUCAGGAGCCAAUUACCGCGUCCCAAUCGGCCGGUUGUACUGAUGCUCAUCCGAGGUUCCGACACUCGUUUGGCUUCGGGAGCCACCGGCAGAGGAAAAUCACGCGCUCUCAGACGGAAGAUUUCGACAAGACAUCGGGGUCCUCUUCUGCAACUAAUCGGAAUGUCUUCAUCAAUUGCCUGAGUGGCUCGGCAGCCAACGACUGUGACGACUCUGGCUUCAUCGAAGAUUACGGCAAUGGCAGCCGACGCUCGUCGCGACACAAGAAGCACCUGCUGCCCAAGUCCCUCUCGGUUCACCACCGCUUUUCUCACCACAAACCCUCAGGGGAGAAUCCGGAAUGCGCCGGUUCUGCUACCCUCUCCCCGGAGGCGGGAGGGCUUACACCGGGGUCUUGUCCGAGUGAUGUCGGCCUGGAAAGCUCCCUUCAGUCUCCCGUGGUAUCAGAGGACCGCACCACCGCCAUCACCCCUUCUGAGUUCGUACCCAUCACGGAGGAUUCCGUCUCUGAGGCCGAAGCUCUGCCAAGUCCCAGUCCUGGACCUGCUCUAGUGUCUGCACUGACCACCGACACUGCCUCAGCUGAGGGUACAGUUGUCCCAGGGACAUUGAGUGGAACAGUCUCCUCCUCACAGGUUUUCUUCUCUCCGGCUGUAUCCGGCUCUGAGAAACCAUUACUCCCUGACACCAGCACGACCAACAACACUGACUACGAGACGGCGAUCUCCCUCUCGGAACCGGAGACCGCCGUCCCCUGCCCGUCCCCGCGCGAGCUGUCGUCGAACGAGAAGGAGGAGUGCGAGGAAGAGAAUCCGGGGAGAAGGACGCAGGGACAAGAGACCGCCGACGCCGAGACCACCAGCGAAAGCGAGACGGCAGUGGCGAGAAGUGACUGCUGCCGCUCAUACCCAGAACAGUCAGAGAGGAGGCCAAAACACACGCUGUCGGUUCACGAGAGAGGAAACCUCUGUGGCUGUCGUGAACCCAGGUCUUGUCAUUUAAGGAAGCCGCACACAGCCUCAAUGUGCAGCAGCGUGAGCCCCUACCACGAGGUCUUGCGUCUGGAGAGGCGCUUGCGUUCCUCCUCCGAAGGCGCCGGCGGUCCUCGUAUCCAUGGCAACCACAGGGACAGCCCCGGCGUGGAGGGAUUCGGCCUGCUGAAACGCAGGAACAACUCAUCGUCAUCCAAACUGGGAAGUCUGGACAUCCUAAAUAAUUUGGGCUCCUCUGAGCUGGAUGAAGAUGACCUCAUGUUGGACCUGGACCUAUCUGACGAUCAGCGCCAUCGUCACGUUUCUAGACAAGACUCCAGUCAGUCCUUGGCGUCCUGUCUGAACCUACUCCACUCCCCCAUUGACCCAUCAGGAGAUCGCAUCCCAGUAAAAGACAACUGCCACAGGGAGCUUCGGCGUCCGACCACUCUUCUGCCUGCGGAGUGCAACCCGCCACUGCUUCUGGGGAGGGAAGAAGAAACCUUGCACCCCGGAGUGGAGACCCUCCCCCUGCGUCUGAUGCAGCAGGACUGCACUGCUGUCAAGACCCUACUUUUGAGGCUCAGGCGCACCCUGCAGGAGAGUACAGAGACAAGUCCUGCCAGCAGUGUUCAAUCUCUACCCAUCAGCCCCUGCAGUGAAAAGUCCCUUCCAUUGAAGGACUGGAGCAGAGAGGAGGCGUUGCUGCAGCAACUGAAGGAGAAAGACGAAGUGAUUCUCCGACUACAGAGCGAACUGGAGAGUGCCAAAGCCACCCUAAAGAUGAAAGACUGCUACGUAAGCGACCGCGCAACACAGACGGAGCACAUGGGGCCAGAGGCCAACAACCAUCUCGGGCGGUGGUCAGGACCAGGCGGCAGCAGCAGCAGCAGCAGCCUGCCCCUAAAGGAGCGAAGGGCGCCGCGGGCCGGGGCGACGCCGCCCCUUCUGCCGCUCGCAGGGGACCUCGCUAGCGCCCCCCGCCACCCGCUAUCCCUCGGUUCCGCCCGGGAUGACAACCACCACAAUCUACCGGCCGGCGUCUCGAACGCGGCUCCCCGUUCCCUCGUCGCCGCCCAGACCCACCUUCCCCGCGCAGUGUCGUCUUUGCCCGCCAGGCAGCCGGAGACGGAGUCGUCCUCCGUCGAGUCCUUAGGAGGAAGCUUGGCGGCCUGCAAAGGGGAGCAUCACUACCCCAGCCUCAUUCCCCGGGCGGUGCAUGCCUCCUCCUCCAGCCUGGCCAGCAGGGGGAGCGUCUCUUCGUCCGGCCUCCCCUCCCCCCCGACCCCUUCCUCCGCCUCCUCCUCGUCCUCCUCGCAAUUCACGGGGCGCCUGGGGCAACCGCCCCGCGGCCCGCUGUCCCUGCACAGCUACUCCCGGAAAAAUGUCUUCCUCCAGCACUCCCUGCACACCGCCGACCUCCAGGCGCUCACGCAGAGAGACACUUGAUCGCCAGACGACAUUUUGGUUGCUCUCCUUGCGAAGUCGUAAAAGGGAAAAACAGAAACGGUGCACAAAAUUCAAUGGAAUUCUCCACAUCUCCCGUGGCUCAUUUUUCACUGACAUUUUCUCCACGCGCAACAACAAUUUGUUUACUCGUCACACAAAGUUGAAAAGAAAGAAAACGAGAAAUGCUGGACACAUACACACACAAAAAAAAUCUAUUGUUCAGCCAUUCAGCCACACACUUACAUGCACACACACGCACACAUAUGUAGACAGGUGCUCUUCUCAUAAAUGCAGGGGCCGGGGGGAGAGAAACAGAGUAGAUAUUUACCUGAACACAAACCACAAAGUCAUGGGUCAACCUUCACUGACAUUUUGUUCAUGCGCAUACAGGCAAUUUUCUCCCAAAACUUGCAAAAGAAAACGAAAAAAAAAAAUCACCCGAACGCAACCGGGCUCGGUUGGAACUUGACAUUUUGUCCGUCCGCUCCCUCACAGAGACAUGCGCACGCCGUGUCAUGCCGACAAUUUAGAUGUGCCGACACCCAUGUACGCGCGCGCACACACAUAAUCCUCAUAGCAGGAAACAGGAUGAACCUCAAUUUAUACAGCUCUUAGUUAUUUUUGAAUGUCUUUUUUUCUUCUUUUUUUUUUGGACUUUUAAUUUAUUUGAACCUUUUUUGCUGCUGAACGCUGUUGAGACUGACUGUCACGUGUGCUUUGCAGGGAUGCUCGCCAACACCGUUGUCUCACGUUGCCAAAAUGUACACCAAUGAAGACCAUCUUUCCUUCCUCCCUUGCGGUGUCAAAGGGAAACCCGACAAGUGAGCGGUACAUGUUUAUUAACUUAAUCUUUCAAGAAGGGAACGCCGCACAAAUGGAUGCGCUUGGUGAGAGCUUUCGAUUCGGCCCGCCGUGCGCUUCUAAAAUUUUAACCUGCAAAUGCUAAUGGGACACCAUGCAGGGGGUCCUCGGUUUACGGGGGACCCAAAAUAUGAGUUUUCAACAAUGGAGUCAGAAGUGAUUCAUCUCGGCCCUUGCUAAUCACACUUAUCAUUUAAUACGUCAAGUUUAACAUUCCGUCUGAUUGGCAGAUCGAGAAGCUGCAUUUCUAAUGGUGGGAAAUAUUCUUUUUAUUUUUAUCAUUGCCUUAUUUAUGUUUACCGCCACAGGAAACAUGACGAACAAUCACGGCUAUUUUGAAGGAAUUAAAAUUAAUAUAUUAUUUUUGCUUUUUGAAUGUCGCUGAUUGUAUGUUUAUUUUUGCUCUGUAAUCACUUUUUGAAUUGUACAUGUACAUAGGAUCCUCAUGAGAAGGUGUGAACAAAUGUCCGUCAGCAGCUAAAGUAGACAUUGCCAUUUAAAAAAAAAAAAAACAAUCAUUACAAAUAAUAUUAGCAAAAACUUUUGUGUACUCAAACCUCUGAAAGCCAUUUUUUGCACCUUAACUCAGUCCGACCUCAAAACAACUCAAUUCAAUUCAAAAUUCAUGAAUGUAUACAACAAAAUGUUUGGAAAUGUGUGUUGGAUUUUUGUGAUGUCACGCAGUGCUUCUCACCUGUAAAUGUUCUACCAUUGGAAAGUCCAAUUUUUAUCUCCCUAUGAAAUGACAAGCAGUAGGACGAGCUGGUCACAGGCUCCUCUGGGAUUGCACUUGAAGCGUGUGACGUGUGCUCAAUGGACCUUUCCGACUGGCCUUCUUAAGCUCCGCCCCCCCCAGCUACAUUUGCCAUGUCCCACAAGCUUCCAGAAUGGUGACUGAACAGAACAGGUUUGAAUUGGAUUCUCUAUCGCGUAUUCCAGAUAAUAUUGCGGUGUGUUUUUUGCCAAAUGCGUCAGACAUGUCCAAGAAAAUUCUACAGAGAGGUCUUAACUUUUUCACGCAAGGAUAUCUACACGGAAUUGAGAUUUUUGACGGAGCAGGACGCAAUGUCAGGAGUUACAGCGAAAUGUUGGCGAUCGAUGCAAAAAAAGGUUUGACGCCUCACAAACUUUAUAUGGAAAUCCUACUGGAUAAAAUUGUGGAAUCGUACUGCGCGUGUAAAGCAGGGUGAGUACUUUUUACUUGGAAAGAUCAUGAGUAAUAUCAUUGUAGUCUUUAGAAGUGAGUGGGUGUAUUCGUUUGACUUGGCUCGUAAUCGAAUCUUAGUACUCAGUCUUAAAAGUCUGAUGUGAUCCAAAUAGGCAAAUAGACAUUUCUCUUGCGUGACAUGGCGCAUUUACGUAUCACUAACCCGACUCUUGACCAUAAAACAUGACACACUUCAUUCAGCAGGUUAGUGAUACGCUAACAAAGAGAAAGUUGUUCUCCUCCAAUGUAAAAAUAUAAAGCACUGAUAAUAAUUCACUCAAACUCAGAGAAGAUACUUUUCCCUCACUUACCAUCGAACAUACAGCCUUGCGUUUGUUGAUAUUGUUCGCAUUUAGCUGUACGUGCGCUCUUCUGCGAGCCUUAAUCCAUCGGAAACACUUCGUCAACUGUGUUUUAGGCUUUGGAAAAAGAAUCAAGGGGGCCCCUUGUGACCUCACAGGAUAACUUUCAUCAGAAUUGCACGUUCCCCAAGCGCAUUUUCUUCAUAACAUUAACUUUUCCAAGCGCACGCUACUGACAACCGGCAUUGCUUGUGGGACAACAUGGCGAGAGGGGCGUGUCAAGCCAGGAGUUAAGACAAUGGGGCUAUCUGAUUGGCUAAUAUUGUACGAGGGAUUGACAGGUCGGAAAGGUCCAUUGUCUGUUUCGCUUUCAAAUAGUGCCCCAUUUAUAAGGAAAGAACAUUUGUGGUCUUAACCCAUCAUCGGAAAACCAGCAUUCUUGAUAUUCACACUCUUAAGGCUGCGCAAUUGGGAAAUUUGUUGAAAGGCGCAUGUUAAAAAAAUAGUCGAGUGGCAUUCAAUCAGUGAUGUCAUCAAUUUUGAGACAAACAGGUGUGAAUCGGGUGGCUCGAUUAAGGAUGAAAUCAGCACAGGCUCAACAUGCAUUUCUCCUUAAAACCCUGAGGAAAAUGGGCCGUUCAACCCAUUGUUCAGAAGAAGAGCGUACUUUGAUUAAAGGUUUGAUUGGAGAGGAGAAACCUUAUAAAGAGGUGAAAAAUAAUUGGACUGUUCCGCUAAAAUGAUCUCGAAUGCCUUAAAAUGGAGAGCAAAACCAGAAACACGUGGCAGAAAACAGAAGACAAUCAUCAAAAAUGGAUCAGACAACAACCAGAACGACAAAGGCUCGGCCAAUAAUCAGAUCCAGGAUGAUCAAAGACAAUCUGGAGUUACCUG